UUUUUUUAAGAAAGAAUAACAAAUUGAGUGUUCAUUACAGGAAAGGAAGUGUGGCUGGGGUUUACAGUCAAUGAAGUCUAAGGGGCGUGUGUUAGCGUGAUGGAGGUGGAGCUUUCCUCCACACUGAUGAGACACAGAGAAACGUUCCUCUUUGAGGAGGCCUGUGCCGACGACCCCGAAAAACCCACCACGCGCCAGCCGAGAGCUGUUGCAGACGUAACAUGCGAAAAUCAAUCCCAGAAUCACUCAGGAGCAUCUCGACGCAUGUUAACGCUCACGGACCUGUCACAUUUACCACCUAUCUGAGCAGUCCAAGAAUGGAAUACAACCCUGGUGUGAGCGGUAUGUCCGUGGAUGAGAAGACUGAAGCUCCCAUGUACGUGUAUGAGUCGACGGUGCACUGUACCAACAUCCUGCUGGGUCUGAAUGAGCAGCGGAAGCAGGGCCUGUUCUGUGAUGUCACCGUGCUGGUGGAGGGGAAGGAGUUCCGCGCGCACAGGGCUGUUUUAGCCGCCUGCAGCGAGUACUUCCUACAGGGGUUCGCCACCCAAAAUGACAAUAAGCUGGUUCUCAGCAUGCCAGAGGAGGUCAGUGCCCGGGGAUUCGCUCCAUUGUUGCAGUUUGCCUAUACGGCUAAGCUUCUGCUCAGCAGAGAAAACAUCCAGGAGGUCAUCCGCUGUGCCGAAUUUUUGCGCAUGCACAACCUGGAGGACUCCUGCUUUCGCUUCCUGGAGGCUCAGCUGCGCAGCGAGGAGGACGGCCUGGUGGUUUGUCAAAAGGAGGGGCCCGCGAGCAAUCACUUAGAGGAUGAGAGCAUGCAACCCGAGGCGCUGACGACAGCAACGACUGUGGUGACGCUGCCGGGUUCUCCACGCUCUCGCCAUUGCACUGAGACCUCAAACUCCUUGCGGCGACCAGACCACGAUCGGCUGGCAGCGGCUGAGGACUUUACUGAUGGGCAUAUGGACUUUGAGCGACAUGGCAACUCAGACCUGCCACGAUGCCCUAAGUACAGGAAAUACCAGUGGGCAUGCAACAAGCACAACAACGAUGCCUCCUCACAUACCAGUACCUCAGGUUAUCCAAGCACAUUCAAAGACAUGAGCAUGCCGGCCGUGGUGCAAAUCAAGCAGGAGCCACGCAGUGAGGAAGAGUCUAUAUCGCUUUGCCUGUCAGAGGAUGAGCAGGACGGAAGGGAAAGGGACAGCGUUGCUGAGAUGGAGCUGGAUGGUUCCGGCACAAUGGACCAACCGAAAGGCAGCAGCAAGUCACCCACUUGCCUACAAACUCACUAUAAGAAGGACUCGACUAGCACACCUCAGCAGCUAUUUGCUAACACACCCGUCAGUGCCCAAGAAAAGGGAACCACUCAGGAAGACCACAAAAAAGACUACAGGCCUUCGCUUAGUAGUGAGCUUGGCAUGCCUGUGGCAUUCCCCAAAGACGCCGAUGGUUUCUCGCCAGGGCUCUCGCUGAAUUCAGCAUCCUAUGAUGGCAUGUGCAAGCAAGAGGCAGAGCUGGAUCGCCGCAGUGUCAUCUUUUCCUCAGGGGCCUGUGACCGACUGGGUACACCCACCCACUCUCAACCCAGCGGGAACUCAUUGGAGAAGGAGCUCUCAGAACACAUGCCAAAGGGAUUGUGGGCUGGUGCCAGCCAGUCCCUCCCCAGCUCCCAGACUUACCCCUCCAGCACCGCAGCCAGCGAACCGCCCCUGCUCGGCCGCCAAAGGCCCAAUACCAGCUGCCCAGUGCCAAUCAAGGUAUGCCCGCGAUCGCCCCCCUCAGAAACCCGCACCCGGACCUCAAGUUCCUGUUCGUCAUACUCAUAUGCUGAGGAUGGCAGCGGUGGAUCCCCCUGCAGCCUGCCGCAGUUUGAAUUCUCGUCCUCGCCGUGCCCCAAUGUGACACGAUGUCUACCCGGCGAACCACAGGACACAGGCGGCGGAACGGAUACCAUAUUCACACGGGUGCGGCCCAAGAUAAAGUGUGAGCAGUCGUACGGAACCAAUUCCAGUGAUGAGUCAGGGUCCUUUUCUGAGGGAGACAGCGAAUCCUGUCACGCUCAAGAACAAGCCCCUGAGGUCAAGCUUCCUUUCCCCGUCGAUCAAAUCACGAAUCUUCCACGCAACGAUUUCCAAAUGAUGGUGAAAAUGCACAAGCUGUCCUCCGAGCAGCUGGAGUUCAUCCACGACGUGCGCAGGCGCAGCAAGAACCGCAUCGCAGCCCAGCGCUGUCGCAAGAGAAAGCUUGAUUGCAUCCUCAACCUAGAGUGUGAAAUUCGCAAACUGGUGUGCGAGAAGGAUAAGCUCUUGACGGAGCGUAACCAGCUCAAGGCGUGUAUGGGAGAGUUAUGGGAGAAUUUCUCGUGUCUGUCAGAGGAGGUGUGUCGAGACGUGCAGCUGAGUCCAGAACAGGUCCAUCACUACUGCCCCAUUCUGCGUCCAGGCAACGCGGCCUCAGUCAACCCCGGCAGCCAGGCCCCGCCCACCAGCAGCAUCGACCUCACUGUUUGCUCCACUCCUGAACCGAGCUUACGCAAAUCAGCCCGCGCAACAGACGGGCAACCAAGAUCGGCCAAGUGGAAGACCGGAAACGGGCCGAAAAACGUAGGCAACGAUAGGGAGGAGCAAGAGGCGGGGCUCUCCCUGGAACAAUCCAAUCAGACGGUGACAGUAGACUUCUGUCAGGAAAUGACAGAAAAGUGUACAACCGACGAACAGCCCAGAAAGGACUGUUAAUGACGGUGGUUUAUGUGUUUAUUUGUUCGUUUAAUUAUUUUUUUAUUAUUAUUUAAUUUAGAUGUCUUCUGACAAACCCUCAAAACUCGAGGGCUGUGGAGUUGGCCAGCCUCUGCCAGUGUUUUUUUAUUUUAUUUUAUUUUAUUUUUUUAUAUUUAUGUCUUUUUAUUGUCUUUUUUUUAAACAAAGGUUGACACUACAGUUGUCUUAACAGCAGCAAUACUGUUCUCCAGGUUCUCCCUCAUUCAGCCAUGGCAGAGUGUCUGAGACCUUCUCACAGAACUUCAAGAUGGUGCUACACCUUUCCAAGACAGUGGAACACUGUCUGUUUCCUAUAACAGUCCAUUCAAAUGGGAUGGGCCCUGACCACAUCUCAAAUUCAGACCACUAUGGACCUAGCAGCAGCGUUUUGCGCUCUCUCUCUCUCUCUCUCUCUCUCUCUCUGUCUCUUUUCUGCCCCACCUCACCCCUUCCUCCACUGUUCCUCUACCUCUCAACCCUUCUCUCUUUCUCUCUAUUUGUGGCCGUCGCCACAGUCAACUCAAACUCAGGAAAUAUUCUGAAUGUUCAGUAUAACUCAUGAAAAAAAUAAUACAGAUUCUUUUUCUACCGCAGCUAGACUGUAUGUCCAUAUGCAAAAAUGUCUUCUGCAUCAUACGUUUGUAGUGUCUGUAUACCGCAACACUUAACUUGUACAGACGGUGGUAUCUCGAAACAUUCCUACUUUGCCUUCCACAGCACUGAAAGAAAGUACGCCAGACUGAGGGACGAGUAAAGAAUGAUUCAAAGCUUUUGCAUCAGCAAUACUGUACUAUUUGAGGAUGAUGUACUAAAGUGCUUGUUUGGCAGAAAGCAUAUUGUAAAUACUAUGGAGCAUGUCAGACGGUCUCGGUAAUAUUGUACAGGUAGAAAUUUAGAUGGGUUUUUGUUUGUGUUUUUUUUUUUUCGUCGUUCUCUGGGGUUUGAUCAAGCACCUUUUGUCACGAAGGGGAAAUCUUUGCUGUUUCCUGUCUGAAACGAAUUCCCCAUGACAAUGGGUGCGCUUAAACUCAGGAAACUAGCAUCCCAUGCAUCCACACGCAUGCACGCACACACAUGCUAACACACAGAAGCGUUCUCGUACAAACCCCCCGCCCCACCAGUGUGGCGCAGAGCCCCUUGCAUGUCAUAUGGAUGUAAAUGGCGUGGAUGGUUUCGUGUGCGUAGUGACCUCACUUCCCCCAGUGAGCUAUUCUUCUAUAAAUGUGAAAGAGUCCCAGCUUGUUGCGCUUUCUGAGGAAACGAUUUUUUAGCAGUAUUUACAAAUGCAGUGUACGGGCUGGUGCGCUCACAGACGCCUCUCUGAACAGUUUCAGUGUUAUUUAAAAAACAAACAUCAUCACAAACCGACACCCUUUCAGUUUUGGGCCACGUACCGUGAUUUUAUGAGGUAAACCACUCUGACAGGAAGAGGAAGUGAUGAUGUGUUCAGUGAAAGGAAGUCGCUUUGGCUCCCUUUGCUCUUUUUCUCAGCACUCUUUGACCGUUUAGCACUUCCAAAAGGGUCAGUUUGUGUUUCAGUACCCUUAAAAGUCUGAAAUCAGAGCACUUAACACAGACACUUAAAAGUGUCCCUCCAGACAGAAUAUUUAAUACAUUUUUGUUGUAUUAACAGCAUCUUAUAAUGAACUUUUUUUCUGAAAUUUCACAGGUUAAUUGAAAACCAUUCGAUGUUGAAGUAGGAGAGAGUGUUUAAAGUCACCAUGAAAUCAAACAGGAAAAUUCUAAGUGUUUUACACAGCUUUGCAGUGAUUAUUAUAAAUGAUUUAUCUGUGCACACCAUUAUUUUUUUAUUCAUUUGCACUUGUAAGCUUUAAUCAAAAACAUUAAGCUCUUCUCCCCCUCUCAACAACAACUCUUCACCACAUGAUGUAAGCAACAAUAAAGAGGUAGGACUAUACUGACUGUCCAAUGGCCAGGCAUUUUUAGCCCUCCCCUGCAGGCCCAACUUACAACAAACCAGUCAAAAAGGGAAGGCCAAAAUAAAGCCCCACCCUAAAUUUUUUCUAAUUUCAGAAGCUGUUUCACUCGGAUUUUCACUCGGAUAUACGUCACGAUACGGAAAAGAAGUCAAUCGCAACUUCCGCUUCAUGGUGACUUUAAAUCAUAUAUUUACGGAAGACACAAAAAAGUGAUCGGUGUAAAAAAAUCUGAUCUGACAAUUGGAUGGAAUGAACCCAUUCUUUAAAGUUGUCCUGUAUUUCCCCUUAUUGUACAUUUGUUAGAUGAGUAAAUCCAUACUAAUCGGAUUGCAUGCUGCCUGUAUAUUUUAUAUAGUUUGUUUAGAAAUCAUUUGUUUCGAAAUAUAGUCCUCGAGGAAAAAUGGUUUCAAUCCCACAAUAGAUGUUCACUGUGGUUUUAGUAAGCAAAAAUGGAAUUUCCAUGAACUAAUGCCAUUGUUUUUCAUUUGAACAAACUUUGACCCCUAAAGUUACAUGUGUGUGUGCUUGAGUCUGAUUUGAGAGAUGCGUUUAAAGUUCUCAGACAUACAUACAUUAUGCAAGGCACAUGCGCACACACACACACACACACACACACACACCAUACUCCUAGGGAUGUAGAAUCUAGAGGUGUUGUGAUGGAUAGUCGUGCUGUUGUUUUCAUUGUAGAUCUGUUCUUUCUCUCUCUUUCUCUCUAUUUUGUUGAAAUUUAAACAGUAUUUGCCAUUUCUAAAUUGUAAUCAGGUACAAGACUAGAACUAAAGAUUUAUGGGUCCAAGUGGACAUUUGUGCAGACAUAUGCAAAUCAUCCCUAUAAUGUUUUUUUUAUUAUUAUGAUUUCUUAUUGUAUACAUAACAAAUAAUUGUGGAAACGUGGAAAGCAUGAACUUCCUCUUGAAAAGCACACUGUUGUUCACUUGAGAAUCUAUGUCCACCUUCUAAAAUGUAUUUCUGGAUGAAAGGUCCCACCUUCAUCAAAGCUACAACAACAAGCAUCCAGCAUCUUCCUGAGAUUCUCCAAAAAAAUCUGCGUUUGGUGUUUAUAGCUACUUGCGUUCCUCAGCUAACAAUGGAUUUGUGGCGUUGUACGUGAUAAGGCUGAUUCCUCAUGCUUGCACACUCGGCCUUAAGAGCCUGGCGUUCAGGCUGACAUUUGGAUGCAGAUGUGGACGAUGGAUUUGGUGGUAUUCUGACCUCUGUUAGCCUCUGCUACUAAAACCUGCAUGAUGUUUGCCUCCGCAGUGGCUUCAAGGGUUCAACCCGGUCACCCAGAAAGCCUCACAGGUUAAAUAAGCUUAUUAGCUCUCCUCUCGACAACACUCCUGCUAGUUUUGGUUGUUUUACAGAGGUUUUAUUUUCGUAUCAGACUCGCGGUUGCUCUUGUAUCUUGUCUCAGGGUGCGUGCCAACAUUUUUUGUAAUGACUUGCUUUUCAGAUCUGUUGAAUCAUUUUCGUAUUUUUUGUGUCUUGCAUUUUUGUGUCAUUCGGUUCUUAAAGCCGGGUGUUGAGCAUAUGAAUUUUUAUAGUUUCUAAGCUAAUAAGAAUUGAUGAGGACGAAUAAGUAGAUUUGCACAAUUGUUUUGGAUGAAAAACCCAACAAGGGCUAUCGAAAUAUCUCCAAAAAUAUCCAGCAGUUGAUUUUUGGUUGUAAUUUGGCUGCUCUCUUAAGCUCUCAAUCUGCAGUUUGCAGUCAGCUAAAAGCAAACGCAUAUUAGAAGUAUAUUUUAAGCUGCAGAAAUGUUAUUUAGUAUUGAGUGUCGAUACUGUAACAGUAAACACCCUAAACAUUUAACAUUGUUUUGUUUGUUUCGUUCGUUUGUGCUGCUUUUCUGAAACAUUAACACUGGCGUUCCAAAGGUUGCUCUUUUGACAAGGACAAAAAAACUUGCCUUUCUCACAAUUUGCUUAACUUUAUAAAACAUUUGGUAUUCCGAUCACAUAGGCUCAUCAAAACAGAGAAUCGAAAAGGCAAAAUGUUUACAAAAAUAGUGUCACGUUUUUAUGAGAAUUUUGCCAUGUAUACAUAGAAAUUGUGAGGCUAAUAUGAAUGGCUAGGUUUAAUAUUGUCUGUUUGUUUUGUACGUUUUUAAAAGACAAAAACGUCAGUUUGAUAACUAUGCUCCUUUCCUCGAGUUGUCUUUUCACCUGACGGCGAUGUUCCAGUGUACCACAAAUACAAAGUGCACCUCCGACUUUGCCUUAGAACUGACAGAGGCCAUAAUUCACAUUCAAGUGAAGUGUGUAUGCAGGGGCAGUGAGCCCCCAUAUUCGGCUAGCAGAGCUCUCUCUCUCUCUCUUUCUCUCUCACUUAUCUACCUGUGAAAUCCUUCAUACCUCUCAUAACUGGUCAAUGACUGUAUCAGCAAACUGCAUCAGGUGUUUUUUCUACAUGCUUUUUACACAGAUUAUAUGGAUUAUUGUAUUGGUAGAUUUUGGUGCAUCAUUUUUAAUGGAAUAGCUCUUUGGCUUGUAGUCACAGAAGUUGUUUUUCUCUCUCUUUCUCUUAUUCUGACUCUUUUCUCAGUUUUUUUUUCUAGAAGACUGUUUUGUGUUAAUAUUGUCGAUUUGAGGUAGCUGUUUCUUUGCUCAUUCUGUACUAAGAGUUUUUACUUUUUUUUCAUUUUGAAUUGCUACGUGACCCUAAUGAAUUUAAUGACUUAAAAACCAUUGUACAUACGUUAUUGUGCAGAACUCAUUUUCAUGCAUUUCAAUUGGCUAGUGUUAUAUAAAUGACAGAUUUUGUCUAGACACCAUUUCUGUUUAUGAAAUAAAGAAACAUAU